AUGGCUAUCGUAAUGUCUUCGGAUGUCGAUUCUGAGGAAGAAUUAUUGGAGCUGUAUGCAAUAGGAAAAUUAAAGCCAGGUUUAAAUAUACCUGUAGAAGAAGAUAGAGUAUUCAUUAACAAUGUUAAUGCAAUGAAAGAAGCUAUUGCUUCAUUCCAAAGCAGUUUACCAUGGAGCGAACGACUCGAUAUUGUGGCCGAAGCUGCUCCAAUGGCUCCUGAGCUUUCAAUGGAAAUUACUGAACAACAACAAUUUCUUAAAGCUGGUAAAAUUGAUGAAGUAGCAUUAAAUGAUUUUAAACGGGAAACCAUGUUUCACCGGCAAGCCCAAACAGCUGUUAUGCGUGGCAUUGAAUUGUUACGUAAACAUAAUAUAGCUACACAUCGACCAGAAGAUUAUUUUGCAGAAAUGUUUAAAUCUGAUGAGCAUAUGCAAAAGGUACGACAUGCACUUUUACAAAGAAAGACUGCUCUAGAACAAACAGAAAAAGUACGUCGUAUCCGGCAAGAAAAGAAAUUAGCUAAAGAGAAACAAGUAGCAGCUAUACAAGCAAAACAUAAACAAAAACGUGAUCUUAAUGAAAAUAUUAAGAAGUUCAGAAAAGGUUUAAGAAAUGAUUUAGACUUUUUGGAAACUGAUAGUGGGAAGAAAAAUAAGAAGAAAGAUGAUGGAGGUGGUGGUGGUGAAAAGAAAAAAAUUCUUUCAAGAUCACAACAUAAAAGAAAAGGAAAAGAUACAAAGUAUGGAUUUGGUGGCAAAAAAAGAGGCAUGAAAGAAAAUACUACAGAAAGUACAUUUGGUGGUAGUGGGAAAUCAAAUUUUAAAGGAAAGAAUAAGGGUAGAAUUAAUAAAAACAAGAGAAUGUCUUCAAAAAAAUGA